GGUCAGCUCACCAUCCAGGUUAGUGUGACAGGCAAGGAAGGGACGGAGGCUCUUUGCAUCAACAUGGAUGAAACAAAAGUGUCCCCCCUGAAACAUUUUGUGCAAGCGAAGAAAGCCAUCACUUCCAUAUUUGACCAGCUGUUGGAAUAUGUUAGUGAAGGGGUUACAUUUGUAGAAGGAACUUUCAAGAAUGCAGAGUUAAACCACUUAACAACAAAAGAUGAUCUCUCAGAAAUUCAGGGAUAUAAGACUAAACUGUCUGGUAUUGGGGAGGUGCUGUCACGCAGGCACAUGAAGGUGGCAUUCUUUGGCAGGACAAGCAGUGGUAAGAGCACAGUGAUUAACUCUAUGCUGUGGGACAAGGUCCUGCCAAGUGGUAUUGGGCACACAACUAACUGCUUCCUCAGUGUGGAGGGGACAGAGGGAGACAAAGCAUAUCUUAUGACUGAAGGGUCUGAUGAAAAGAAGAGUGUCAAGACCGUUAACCAGCUGGCUCAUGCGUUGCACAUGGACAAGAAUCUGGAAGCAGGCUGCCUUGUACAUGUUUUCUGGCCCAAGGCAAAGUGUGCACUUCUCAGAGAUGACUUGGUUCUUGUAGACAGUCCUGGGACAGAUGUUACAACAGAGCUAGACAGCUGGAUUGAUAAGUUCUGUCUGGAUGCUGAUGUCUUUGUUCUUGUGGCAAACUCAGAGUCCACACUCAUGAACACAGAGAAGCAUUUUUUUCAUAAAGUUAAUGAGAGACUAUCUAAGCCAAAUAUUUUCAUUCUUAACAACCGCUGGGAUGCAUCGGCAUCAGAACCAGAAUAUAUGGAGGAUGUCCGUAACCAACACACUGAACGUUGCCAGUCUUUCCUUGUUGAUGAACUUAAAGUGGUUGACUCUUCAGAGGCACAAAACCGCAUCUUUUUUGUUUCGGCAAAAGAAGUUCUUAAUGCCAGAAUGCAUAAAGCACAGGGAAUGCCGGAGGCUGGUGGGGCACUAGCUGAAGGAUUUCAAAGUAGAUUCUUGGAAUUUCAAAAAUUUGAAAAAUUGUUUGAGGAGUGUAUCUCGCAGUCAGCAGUGAAAACAAAGUUUGAGCAGCACACUAUUAGAGCUAAACAAAUAACAGAUACAGUGAAAGCCAUUAUGGAUUCAAUUAACGUGGCAGCAGCCGAGAAAAGGGUACUUUCUAUAGAAGACAGAGAAUACCAGAUUGACAGACUUGAGUUUAUAAGGAACCAGCUUGCUGUAUUGACUGAGGAUGUCAAGACACGAAUAACAUAUAUCACAGGGGAAGUGAACGCACAGGUUUCCAAUGCCAUGAUGGAAGAGAUAUGUCGUCUUUCCCUCCUAGUUGAUGAGUUUGAUAGUGAUUUCCACCCUUCACAACAUGUUCUCAAGCAUUAUAAGAAUGAACUGAAUGCUCACAUCGAAAAGGGUAUGGGAAGGAAGCUGGCUGAUCGUUGCACUAGUGCAAUUAAUACAUCAAUACAGACAGCACAAGAAGAUAUAAUAGAAAAUAUGAAGCCUUUGCUGCCCCCAUGUGUUCAAAACCAAAUCUGCAUGUCGUUGCCAUGCAAGAAAUUUGAUCUCAGCUAUAACUUAAACUGUGAUAAGCUAUGCUCUGAUUUCCAAGAAGAUAUUGAGUUCCGCUUCUCCUUGGGCUGGACAUCGCUUGUUAAUCGAUACCUAGGGCCUAAAACUGCUCAUAAGAUUUUGCUAGGUUUAACAGAACCAACAAUUCAGAUUCCACGAUCUGUAACUACCCCUUCCAUAGCAGGAAACCCAGCUUUGUCUCCUGAACCUUUAUCUCAAGAUGAGCUUAUGGUUUCAUUGAUGUCUGGAUUAGCAUCGCUAACAUCAAGGAGUUCCAUGGGUGUCAUUAUAGUUGGAGGAGUGGUUUGGCGAACUGUUGGUUGGAGGCUGAUUGCUUUAUCCUUAUUGACUUACAGUGGCUUAUACUUUUAUGAGAGGCUGACAUGGACAAACAGAGCAAAGGAAAGAGCUUUCAAAAAGCAGUUUGUUAACUAUGCUUCUCAAAAACUUGAGAUGAUUGUCAGCAUUACUAGUGCAAACUGCAGUCAUCAGGUUCAGAAAGAACUAGACAACACGUUUAAUCGCCUGUGUCAACAAGCUGAUGUCACUCAACGGGAUCUUAUGGAAGCCGUCAACAAACUUAAAGAAGAAAUGGAUCAAUUGGAGAAAAUCCAAAGCACAGCAAAAGUAUUAAGACACAAAGCAACACAUCUUGAAAAUGAGCUGGAUCUUUUUUCAAAGACUUUUCUACGCCAGAAUAAAUAGCUCCUUUCUACACCUAUAGAUCCUCAAAAGCAGAAGACCACACAACUUUUCAAGCUCUCAGUGGACUUUCUAUAUUGCAUUUGAUUUACAGGAAAACAUAAAUAAGACUAAAUGGUUUGGAUAACACAUACGUACUUUGGUGACUGUAGAAAGUAUUUUACAUUCUUUGUCAACUCUAAUACGGGUUGUUUGAAAAAUGUAACCUUGUACCUCAAUUUUUAUAACUUUUUGCAUGUGUUGCUCUUUUAUUACAGAAUUUAAAAGCUUUAUAUCCAUUUUUUUCUGAAUUUACCUGUGGAUAGGCACAGUUUAAUCUGAAGAUAAGAUAUAAAAAAACAUUCUUUCAAUUUGCAUAAAUUAAAGUAUUUAUUAAGUAAUAUAAAGUCGGUUAUUAUAUAGUGAUUUAAAGUUCACUGUCAGAUAUCAGAAAAGCAUUGUAUAUUUUUUAAAGUUUAAAUGAUAUAGCAAAUAUUUUUAUAUCAUUGCAUUUAUAUGAAAAAAUGCAUUGUGACAACGCAUUUGUUUCGGUCUCAUGCAAUAAAGCUCAGUUAGGCACAGCUUUUUGUUAACACUAAAUUUUGUAUUGAAGAAUAAUUACAUGUACUAUCAUCGCAAACUGGACUAAUAUCAGUAGCAGCUUACUAAAUUAUUAUAGUUUACUGCAUGGAAUUCCAGGCUGUUCAUCGAUGAUGUGGUUUGAAAAAUUACAGCUUCCAGUGUAUGAAAGAGAAUCAGCAAAAAUAUAGAAUAUGAAACAAAAAUUGAAAAAAAUAAACAAUAUUUAUGUUGAACCAUGUUUCUACAUAUGUAACCUUGUGUAAUGUACAACUAUACACAUUUAUGGCUCCAAAUUUUUACACAUCUACCUGCAAUUGGUACAGUAUAAAAACCACAAAAUAAAAUGAAGUUUUAUAGUU